AUGACGGGCAAUGACACAAGCAACGCUUCGGCGCCUGCCAAUGGCACAUCGAUACCUUCCUCUUCCAAGUCUGACUUCAUCGUCAAGGCAGGGUUAGCCCAGAUGCUGAAGGGAGGUGUCAUCAUGGACGUGACAGAUGCCGCACAGGCUCGCAUAGCCGAGGAGGCUGGAGCCUGCGCUGUCAUGGCCCUCGAGCGUGUACCUGCUGAUAUUCGGGCAGAGGGUGGCGUAGCACGCAUGUCCGACCCUGGAAAGAUCAAGGAGAUUCAAGAGGCUGUGACUAUUCCGGUCAUGGCUAAGGCACGUAUCGGCCACUUUGUCGAGUGCCAAAUCCUCGAGGCUUUAGGCGUAGACUACAUUGACGAGAGCGAGGUCCUCACUCCCGCUGACGACACGUUCCACGUCGAGAAGAGCCCUUUCAAGGUGCCCUUCGUCUGCGGCUGCAGGAACUUACCCGAGGCCCUAAGGCGCAUUGCUGAAGGCGCCGCUAUGAUUCGUACCAAGGGCGAGGCUGGUACAGGAGAUGUCGUUGAGGCUGUUAAGCACAUGCGCACGGUCAACCGCGACAUUGCCCGAGCAAAGUCUGCGCUUCAAGAGGGUGGCGACCUGGCCAUCAGAGCCCUGGCGAGGGAAUUCGAGUGCGAUGCCGGGCUACUCAAGCAGACUGCAGAACUUGGCCGCUUACCGGUGGUGAACUUCGCCGCUGGAGGUGUCGCGACACCUGCGGACGCCGCAUUGAUGAUGCAGCUGGGAUGUGACGGCGUUUUCGUCGGCAGCGGUAUUUUUAAAUCUGGUGAUGCGGCCAAGAGAGCUAAGGCUAUCGUGAGAGCCACAACUCACUUCCGAGACCCGAAGGUGCUAGCUGAGUGCAGCGAAGGACUCGGUGAGGCUAUGGUCGGCAUCAGCGUCAGCAGCAUGAAGCCCGAGCAGAAGCUAGCUGGAAGGGGCUGGUAA